AUGACCAAAUUUUAUGUGGACAACUUAAUUGGUUCCUUACCAACAACAAUCAGCCUCUACAGCCUUUACAAGGUUGCAAAGGAAGUCCUGUCAGAUGCCGGAAUGCCUUUAAGAGAAUGGAUCAGUAAUGACCCAACCUUCAACGAAAUGGUAAAACAAGAAGGUGAUGGAACAACAGAAGGCUCAGAUCUUGUCAAAGUUCUAGGACUUCAUUGGAACUACAAGACUGACCACUUAAGCAUAAAACCCCCUUCCUUUGAGGAAGCUCCGCUUACCAAACGGCUACUUUUGAGCAACCUUUCAAAAGUAUUUGACCCUCUAGGAUUGUUUGCUCCCAUAAUUGUACGAGCCAAAGUUCUUAUGCAAAAGAUCUGGAAACUAUCUAAACGGUGGGAUGAUGUUUUGCCACCAGAACUUCAAGAAGAGUGGUCGAAGAUCAAGAAAGACCUCGAGAACGUAUCAUACCAGGAAUUCCCACGCUUCACAGCCAACAGAGGGACCAACUACUCUCUUCACGUAUUCUGUGAUGCUAGUGAAAAGGCCUAUGGGGCUGCAGCCUAUUUGAUGGACCAACACGCAGGUGCGAACCUAGUUUUCUCUAAAGCAAGAGUCGCCCCUCUCAAAAAGAAAAGCAUACCACAACUUGAGCUGACUGCCAACUAUAGUGCAGUCAAAAUAGCUGACUACCUCAGAACCGUUUUCACUACCGAUGGUGUCAAGAUUACUGACACUGUCAUAUGGUCUGACAGUAAAGUUGCCCUACACUGGAUUCAGAACAACAAAUCUAAAAACAUCUAUGUCCGCAACAGGGUUGGACAGGAGGAAUGGGACAGAGUAAGAGGUCUGAAUGAACGACUUCUUGAACGUACACAUCAUGUGAAAGUUUGGAUUAGUUAUGCUAAAUGUGAGUAUUCUAUGCCUUCAGAGGAUAACAUUCAGCGUAGUACACGGGCCGUGUUUACGAGAGCCAACCGUGCUUUAUGA